ACUGGCUCAGUCCCCUGAAUCCAUUCGCACGUAACUACUAUAUAAGCGCGCCUAUCCCUAUCCGCUCUCUACUUGCAACCGCCAGCCUGAAACGCAGGACCUAACUCUCUCACCUAACUCUCACUCCUCACAAUCUGAGCGCCAUGGGCAUGAAGUAUCGUCAGUACCUCGCCGGAGAGCGUAUCUAUGGCUGCUCUACCUGCAAGACACACCUAGCGACUAUUCACUCCAUGAUCUCUCGGGCAUUUAACGGGCAGCACGGGCGGGCGUAUCUCUUCGACGGAGUUGUAAACGUUGUAGAGGGUGAUCCCAGCGACCGUCAAAUGACUACCGGAAACCAUACUGUUCGAGAUAUCUACUGCUGCAAGUGUGGACAGAAGAUGGGCUGGAAAUAUGAUCGAGCCUACGAACCAUCUCAGCGCUACAAAGAGGGCAAGUUCAUUCUUGAACGCAACCUUCUCAUGGAUGUGCAGUAGUCUACCCCGUGCAUUCCUCAUGCUACGGGACCUCAUCUUCGACGUGGACUAUCGCACCGGCUCAGACAUCCGAGACAUCCAUCUCGGGCCUUUUACCAACCUUCCGCUUGACCAAAUCGGUCUCCGAACUCGAACACCCGACAUUUAAAGUUGAACGUUCACAAUGCGCAUACCACCCAUGUAGGUCGUGAGGCAGCCUAGCUAAUGGUCUGGAAUGCCACAGCAUAUCAUUCACCGGCACCGGCACCGACACCAUCACCACCUUGCGCCUCAACUAACCACAUUGAUACUGCUUACUGUUCAGUGUCGUUCUGGUGCAACUACAUACUCGCACACGACCAUAUCUAGACCACUCACACGUCAAUGUUGGACGCCUUUUGCGACGUCUGAUUUCCCCCGUCUAUUUCUCGUUCAGUGUUUAACAGUGUUCAACGUUUAAUCUUGUAUCCAGUUCGCAGCUGUAGCAGCGUUGUAUACGUCCAAGCAGCUAGCAGGACAUUGUGUCAUACCUUUUGUACAUACA